AUGAACAUGAAAUUGGUCUGUGCGCUCCUAGCUACAUGCAUAGCAGUGGCUUUAAUCUUAGGCUGGAUAUUCCGAACAGGACGCGAGAAGCCCCCCUUUUGUGAGAGCCAGCACCAGGAUUUGUGCUUGAAGGACGGAGGCCAAGAUGGGCACAGCUUGGUCUUUGCUGACCUAAGUCCAGAAGAGAUGGUCCAAGUGAAGAGGUACUUAUGGAACAACCUCGGAGUGCCUCUAGAGGAGCCCCCCCUAGCCAAGCCAUCAGACAACUGCCUUUAUUCCAUUGUUCUUCAUCUUCCCCCCAAGGCAGAGGUGCUGGAAUUCCUGGAUCACCAAGGGAGAAAACCCACACGACAAGCUCUGGCUGUGGUCUUUUUUGGAAAUCAAGAGGACCCAAACAUCACUGAGUACGUGGUGGGUCCUCUUCCAGAGCCAACAUAUCACCAAGACAUCACAGUGCAGAAGUACGGAGGGAAGCUGCCGUAUUACCGAAGAUUUUUUUUUAGCGUUGACUUAGAUAAAGUCAAUGUUUUCUUUGUUGAUUAUAAUGGAACUAACCUUCUGGGGCUCCCUGCUCUGCCUCCAGGAUUUAAAUCAGGAGACAGGAAAGUCUGGAUGCGUCUUUUCCAGAAUGUUGCUGGGUUUUAUUUGCAUCCGGUUGGAUUGGAGGUGCAAGUGGAUGUCAGCAGCUUGAAUGUUUCUGAGUGGGAAGUGGUGAAUGUGUUCUAUAAUGGACAGUACUUUAGGGACAUGGAAGAGCUUGAAAGAGAAUUCAACAAGGGGAGAGUUAGAGUGUCCAAAGUAAAGAAAACUCCUCAUAAUGGGGGGUACUCAUCACUGAAACCAAGGGUCCCACACAAGUUGCUAGGCCCUUUGCAAUAUGAACCCCGUGGUCCACGGUACUGCAUCAGGGACAACCAGGUCACCUUCAUGUCUUGGAGUUUUGCCUUUGGAAUGGAAGCCAACAGAGGCCCACGUAUCUUCGACGUUAGGUUUCAGGGUGAGAGGAUAGUCUAUGAGUUAAGUGUACAAGAUGCAUCUGCCAUCUACGGGUCCAACAGUCCAGCAACAAUGGUUACCAGGUUAAUGGACCUAGGUUUGGGCUUUGGGAAGAGUGCUGUCACCCUUACCCGGGGCGUUGAUUGUCCUUACGUAGCGACCUAUUUGGAUGGGCACUAUCUACUUGAUUCCGCACAACCUAUCACCCACAAAAACUCUCUCUGCAUCUUUGAACAAAAUGCUGAGAUUCCAGCACGACGCCAUUAUGAGGACCACGUAAUCUCUGAAUUUUAUGGAGCAUUAGCUGAUUCAGUUCUAGUCUUCAGGUCCAUCUCUGUAAUGGGUAACUAUGACUACGUCUGGGAUUUUGUGUUUCAUCAAAAUGGAGCUGUUGGCGUCAGGGUGUAUGCCACUGGGUACAUCCAGACUUCUUUCUUCUUUGGCAAUGCUGCAGAUUUUGGGAACAGAGUUGAAGAUCUGACACUGGGAGCAAUUCAUACUCACAGUAUUCAUUACAAAGUGGACCUGGACAUCGGUG